GAUUCUACAAAAUCCAUAUUUUGUCACUUAUUCAGGGGGAGAAGUAGCAACUAAGUUUAUUCAAAGCACAUUUAUUGUGGAGUUCCGAUACGUGCUUAGUAUAUAGGAAGCUCUGCCCGCAGGUCAUAUGACUUUAAUUUCCUGGUGCUUCUGCGGGAGCUGCACAUUUGGAAGGGAGCCGAAGUCGAACGCCGUUGUUUCCGGUUGAAGUGUUUUGGCUACCAAGUUAUCAUGUUUUGGUGCGCGUUUGUGGUUUUCUUCCUGGCUCUUGGAAAUGAACUCCACCUGUCACAUGCGACUGAGGUGUCAGUCAACAACACAGAGAAUAAAUUAUGCCUCUACGCCAAUUUGAUGGUCAACUUCUCCGUCACCUAUGAAGUUGGUGUAAAUAAGAGUGAAACGGUUCUGUUUGUGCUGCCUGAAAAUGUGACAACAGAAGGGAGCAUCUGCAAUAACACAACAUCAACAUUGAAACUCGGUUUUGGAGACGGGCACAGCUGGGCGGUUGAAUUCACCAAGGACAACAAAACGUACCAAGUAGAUUCCAUUGUCUUCACCUACAACCUCAAUGACUCAAACGUCUUCACCAACUCCACGUCAAACGAAACCAAGUCUGUGACAGCAAAGCCAAGGAUCACCAACGUGGGUGUGGAUACCUACUACUCCUGCAAGAGCGAAAAUGUCCAGAGAGUAGAGUCUGUCACUCAGACACUGUAUGAUGUUACUUUACAGGCAUUUGUCACAAACGGCAGCAAAAGUGACACCGACACUGUAUGCACUGCUGACCUAACCUCCUCCACUGUGGCGCCCACCACGACCGUUACCACCACAGCUGCCCCCACUUCUACCCCUACCCCUACACUGCCCACACCCACCACUGGAAAUUACAGCAUCGCACCCGACUUCAACAGUACAGCCUGCUUAAUGGCCACCUUCGGCCUGCGGAUCGGCUUCAAGCAAGGAGACAAAGUGGAGACCAUCAACCUGGUGCCCAGUGCGACUGAAGUGGGCGGGGCAUGUGGGGUCAACAGCAGCAUCCUCAUACUGACAUCGGACACAAUCAACAUCAUGUUCACUUUCAACAACGACAGCAAGAAGUUCCACCUGCACGCUUUGAACGUCACAGUGAAACCAGCCACUGGGGUGGCUGUUGUUGCAGCCAAUACCAACAUGUCCAUUUGGGUGGCGGCGGUAGGCAGCUCCUACAUGUGCAACAAGGAGCAGACAUUAACUGUCACCGAAACGCUCACUCUCUACACGUUCAAGCUUCGUGUCCAGCCCUUUGGGGUUGAAAAAGGGGAAUUUGCUACAGCCCAUGAAUGUUCACUGGAUGACACCAGCAUCUUAAUCCCAGUCAUUGUUGGUGCCGCCCUGGCCAUCUUGAUUCUCAUUGUAGUGAUUGCUUACGUGAUUGGUCGAAGGAAGACCUAUGUGGGAUAUCAAACCCUCUAAAUAGCUAUCUGUGAUCAUGAAUCCAGAACACAGUUUGAUCCUUAUGUGUCAGGGGGGGGGGUCCCAAAACCUGAUCCUGGAUUGGCUGUGUAAUCUUUCCAUUAAUGACUGACUCACAAACUGGAGUAGUCAGACUAUAGUCUAUUUACUUCAGCCACUCUUAAGAGCUGCUUUUAGACUUGAGAUUAGGCUAGCUUCGCUUAGGUUUAGACUUGAGUAGCUUUGUUCAGGUAAUUCUGAAUACUCAAAACGCUCUCCAGGACCAGGUUGGACCACCCAUGUUCUUUGUGUAAUCUCCCUUUUUGUUUGAUUUGCUUUGUCUGUGCCCCCCCCCCCCCCCCCCUUGUUGAAAGGAGCAGUGCAGGAUUCUCUGCCUCUGUACAGUAUAGAAGGCCUUAUUUAUUGCAGCAUAUCUGAAAGUGAUUGUUUCUUAUGACACUCCAUUUCCUUGCAUCACUUUCCAGAUUCUUGUUCAGUGUAGGCUCUCUUUUGAUCAAGUAGCACAUUUUAUAGAAACUCCGGUCAGAGUACUUGUGCUACUGUUUGCACAUUUUCACGAGGAGUUGUGACGAUUGGGUGUUGUGCCCUUGUCACUGUGAAUCAUGCUCCCUCCCCCUCUCCCUCACCUUUUUUUGUUUCAUAUGUUUUUAUUUAAUGUCUGUACAUUUUAGUUGAACCUUUCUUUUGUGUUUUCAUUCAUCCUCACAAUUCAUUGUAGCAGCACAACAUUUUGACAACUUGAACAUUUUAGAAUUUGCCUCGCAGCUCAACUACAUUGAGUAGCUUUGUUGAUUUGUCUCAGGAACUCCUUACUAACUAACCAGGAUAAAGGUCUGCUGCUUCGCUCUCCUCUCUCACCUUACUGAUAAUCCACUAGUCACAGUAGUUUGCAUCUGGAAAGGGAAGACUUUACGACUGAAAUCUGUGUGGCCACAUUUAAAAAACAAUGAUAAUAUUGGCAUGUAGUGCCUUCUCCAAGUUGACGUUACCAAACAAGGGCUCUGCCCCUAUAUGUUCACACACGGCACUAGUUGACAUAAUGUUUGCCACUAAUGUCUGUUUGUCUCAGAAUUAUGUGUUAACCCUUUGACUGACUGGCUGUGAAAUCUACCUUGAAGUGUUACUUUAACUCUGAAAAGUCCAUGAGGAUGUAAAAGAUGAACCUGAAAGGAGAAAUGAAACCAAACCCCCUCUCCCGUCAUGACAUGUUGGCAUUAGGUUUCAAAAAGGGAUAGCUGUAGUUGACUUAUUUGCUGCCAUUCAAAUGUGUUCUUUGCAGAUGGUGAUUAUUUUGUACAUAUAAAUGCAUUCAAUUGUUCAGUAAGUUUGACUUAAGUUCAAAAUGCAUGCUGCAAUAUUACACCUGUGUAUAGUAUAGUCUUUGCUCCAGUGUUGCGCCAGAAAGCUGCCAGUUAGUAAGGGGAACUUGUAAACAGAGCUGGGGUCAAUUCCAUUUUUACAAUCAAGUCAAUUUCAGUAAAUUGAUUUCUAAUUCCAAUUGUCCUCUCUGCUCUUCAGUGAGGAACAUUUGAAUGUGAAUUUUUGUUUACUUCCUGAAUUGACUAAAAUUAAAUGGAAUUAACCCCAACCCUGCCCAGUUAACCCCUUGUAAGUUAUACCUAUCGACAGAGAGCGGUAGUAAAGGUCAUUGUCCACAGGAUGUGUAUAUUUUUGUACUGUUAGGAUGGGAUACAAUGGGUAUUAUGUUGUAGUGCGGUGGUCAGCAUGAAGCAUGAAUACAUUUGAUUGCUGCCUUUAGUUGCUUUUGAUUCAACCAAUUUUUCUUCAGAUUAUGUGAAUGAUUAAUUUAUUCCUUAUCAAAUAUUAUUUUUGAUUCUUGCAUUACAGUCCGGUGUGAUGUGUCUUGGAAAAUGGACUGCUUUUCUACAAAUCCUGUUUGUUACUAUGAUUCUAAAAUUGGCUUCUCAGACCCUAUAUAAAGUCGAUUCUAAAAUACCCUUUGGAAUCUUAACAUUUACUAUUCCCAAUUUUCAUUCACUUGACAAUGUUAUGAUUGUGACAAAUUUGUGCCUUACUCAAUGAAGCUUGUCCAUUUGAGAUUCAUUCAGGUUUGAUAUCUUUACAUUUAGUCUAAAUGUCUCCUAUUGUAUGAAUUCAAAAUGCAUCAUGUUAAGAAAAGGGAAAUCCCUAUUUCAGGAGAGGCCCAUCCUCCAAAUGUAAGAUGCAUUGUAUUUUCUUCUGUGUAACUCCAAACAAAUGUUCAUUUUUGAAUUCCUUUUCAAUAGGCUUUUAGCUGCAAUAAAUGGGAAUGGAAAUUGUCCCCCAAAACAAUGGUGUGGAACAUUUUUUUAUAUUUUACAAUUAUGAAAAUAAGUGUUAUUGGUCCCUGGUCAUUUUAGUAAAUUGCUCUUUGUUUUCCAACUAUUCUUGACUGAGAAGCCUCCUAGUAUGACCAUGCAUUCACGAUUUUCAUGUUUUACCUUUCUUCCACCCUGCAACGUCCCUCAUGCCCACUUUCUUUACUGUCACCCAGCGGAGGAUUGCGGACACGACAGGGAGCUGGCUCGUUCCUAUAGCCGUCGGGGUUGCUCUGGCUGUGCUGAUCCUCAUUGUAUUGAUCGCAUAUUUUAUUGGGAGAAAGAGAAACCAAGGCUCUAGCUAUGAGCACUUCUAAAUGACCCCACUGGCUAUGCUGAGGUUGUAUCUUUCCUCAUCAGGAUACAUGUUGAUUUUAAUUUAACUACAAAUUGAUAUGUGCUGUGCAUAGUUAACCUUAAUGUACAAUUCACCUGAAGCAAAGCUCUUUCCCAUGAAACAAUGAGUUGGAGAAGAUGUUUGUGUUAAAGAAAUUGCUUGACUCCAUUGAUAACAUUUGGCAUUUAACAGUUCUUGUAGAUAUAUUUAGAAUUGAUUGGCUGACUCUUAUUCCUUACUUAUAACAUGGUUGACUAUAGAUGGCAGAUGAUGGCCAAAUAUUUUCCUAACUGCUGUCACUGCCCAUGUUCUGACAGAAUCCCUGGUGUUGUUGUAGAUCUGCCAUCACCGAAUAUGCUCUGACAGAACCGCCCCCAUGUUGUAGAUAAAUGUCUGGGUUCUGAUCUGAUGUCUUGCUGCUUUUCGAGCCUUGUCAUCCAUGUUGUCUGUAAAGAGCUUAACCAAAUCCUGUUUCUUCUCUCUUCACUAAAAUGUGUUUUCUGCUAACUAAUUGCUAGCAUGCUAAUGUCGCUAACCCUUCUUCUGUCUCUUCUCUGUGGCAGCCGUGGAGUGCUUCAUGGAUUCUGAUUUGAGCUUUCUGGUGCCCAUCGCUGUGGGCGUGGCCCUCUGCUUCCUAAUCGUCCUUGUGCUUAUCUCUUACCUGAUUGGCCGGAGGAAGAGUCGCACCGGCUACCAGUCUGUAUAAUCUAACCAAUCCCAGCUGCUUCUGCCUCUACCCAUUCCUUCCCAUCCUCCCCCACCCAAGCCCGUCACAACACGUUUGCUCCCCAUCCCCAAAGCUUCUAUGGCAUCCGAUUGGAAAUGGAAGGAAAAAAUGUAUCUUUCCUUGACGUUACCCCCAGCAAAUUCCCUGUUCAGACUCCCACCCGAAGUAUCACCCCACCCAACAGUAAUUUUGGUAGUUGACCGUCUGUUGCUAUUUUUUGACACCAACAAUGACUGAAAUCAUUUACCACCAAAACCUGUCAACAUAAUCAGUGGUAUUGCACCAGGUGUGUGUGGAUGUAAAUUGCACGGAGUGAAGUAUCAUGGGUCAUCUUAAUAACAGGCCAUCAGUUUCUUUAUUCCCAGAGAGGCUCAUAUGAAUGAGGCUGUUUUUUCUCACUGUUUUGUGUUGCAUUAUAUUUCUAUGUUUCUAAUUAAUUACUCUCUUGUAUAGAAUUAAUUAUGUUGAUUUUGGAUAAAUAGGGACUUGAAAUUGUGCAAAGAAUUUAUUGAAAGUUCAUAGAUACAAAUUGAGGCAUUGCUAUUCACAAGUAACCAUUGUGAAAUAUUUGUAGAAUUAGAAAAUAUCCUAUUUUUGUGAAUUCCCUGUAAUUUAAAUGUUAUUAUACCACCUGCACUAAUCUUCUCUUAGUGUCCCUUUUAUUGUACUAGGACUGACUUUACAAAGACAUGUACCAACCAGCAUUUGGAGCAGUUGCAUAAACAUGUGAUUUUGAUGUUUUAGAGAAAAAUAUAAUGUUAAGAAGUCCCCUCUCAGGGAAAGGACGACAGCGGUAUAGACUCCGGUCGGGUAUCACAAAUGGCUCUGUUAAGACUGAGGCUAUAGGGACUCUGCAAUAGACUAAACUAAAUGUGAUGUUGGUUUGCUGUUAGGAGUGUCCCUAUAGCCUUUUCCUCUAAAGGCGUUUACUACCUGGAUCAUGUUCAGUAGGUAGGGCGUUUUGAGACUUAGUGAAACAGGGAGGUACUGCCUGAACAAUAACCUUUUUUCGUUGCAAACAGUUGCUACGGUGUGUCCUUCUGAACACUGCCCAGGCCUCAUAAUAGAAAGUAUAAUAAUUUACAUAUUCUAGCACAAAUUAUUUUAUGACCAAAGCUUGGACAGAAAGGAAACUUAUUUCCGGACCUCUGCAUUUCAGAGCAGGUAAAUGAACAACCUGAGUUUUUAAUAAACCAGUGACAUGCAUUGUGUUUGACCAAGGAUGAUGUUUCUAUCAGGCUUGUUAUUCUGUUCCGUACCAAUACAUAAGACCUCUGGUUAAUUUUGCCCCAAAGAUGUGGUUUUGUGCCUUUUUUGUUGCACUAGUAUUCCCCUCAACCAAGCCUGUCUCAAUCCGAUGAAGAAUGUUGAGAUGAUGUUAAACUUGUUGAACUUCAGUUGGAGCGGAGAAUUAAAAUAGUUGCUUUCCUG